AUGGCUCCAAGGCCGAACCUCUAUCCCCUCAAGACCUCGAAGAACAUGGUCUUCCCUUCGGAGCUUCAUGAAAACCCCCUCGCAAAAAAGAAUGAUGAGGACAACGAGGAAGAGCGCACUGGUCCUUCCGUCCCGCCUCCUCUUGCCUACACAGAAUUCCUGCGAGCUCUCAGCCCGGUCUUUGCAAGCCCCGACGGCAACUUCAGCAGCUGUCCUCGAUGGACCUACAGCAGAGCACCCCCCUCCCCGGUGUCCUUGCCCUCGGCCACAUCAAACAGAGCUACCUUCGCCGCUGGGGAGGCUGUCAGGAACAGCCCUGCCUCUUCAAUUCCUCCCUCGCCCCUCAGUGCCCCGCGAUCCGCCAGCAGUGCAGGUGGCCCUGUACGACGUGUGCGCACAGCUCCGUCAUUCAUGUACUCGCCGGCUGGAGAGUCCCCGCAGAGUCCGUACGCUUAUCGACGACCCUAUUCUCCCAAUGAGUGGCGACUCCGGUAUGCUGACCCUCCACACGCGGCACAGGGGCGUACCAUCAGCAUCCAACAUAUCGUGACCCAUACGGUGACGCUGAAACACGCGCCUCCUCCGCUGGCCCCUCCCCCGAAGGGUAAGCGGAGACGCACCAAUAACGAUUCUCACGGCCGCUGA